UCGAAUUUCAGUCAAGUCAACUGGAGCAAACAAUCCCUCAAAAUGGCCUUUAAGUUUGUCGUCUUCGCCGCCUUCGUGGCCUGCGCCAGCGCUGGAGCUAUCCCGGCUGCACCAGUGGCAUACUCUGCUGGAUACGAUGCCCCUCUGGCGUACGAGUCUCACGCUGCACCCAUCGCUUACGAGGCCCACGCUGCCCCCGUGGCGAUCGCUGCCCCAGUGGCCAAGGCUGUCAUUGCCGAGGACUCCUACGACCCCCAUCCCCAGUACAGAUACUCCUACGACGUUCACGACGCCAUCACCGGAGACUCCAAGACCCAGGAAGAGCAGCGCGAUGGUGACGCCGUUCGCGGUAGCUACUCCCUCCUCGAGGCCGACGGUACUCGCCGUAUUGUCGAGUACACUGCCGAUGCCCACAGCGGAUUCAACGCCGUCGUCCGCAAAGAAGCCGGUAUACACGCCGCUCCCGUUGCCGUCAAGACCGCAGUCCACGCUGCUCCUGCUGUUGCUGCCUACGCCGAGCCAGCCCUCGCCUACAAAUCUCACGGCGAAUACUACUAAGUUACCGACUCAAGAAUUUAGGAAUGUAGUAUUUAUUAUGAGAGCUUUAGAAAAAAUGUCUUCUCUUCUUCGCACAAUGAUUAUUUCGCUACGAUUUACAUCCAUGCACCUUUUACAUUCUUAAAGUAAGCUAUUUGUACCUAAGGCUAGCCUGUAUAAAUUAUUUUUGUAAAUAAAUCAAACAAAUUUUUACCAUAAA